AUGCCAGAAAUCCAGGGUUCUAACCCUGUCUUUUUUUGUACUUUUAUAGCAGAAAGAUUACUGCAAUACGCCAGUCUUCAAGUUCAUCAUCCUGUGUCUUUGCGUAAUCAAAUAGCACAGAUUUCAUUCACACGAAAAAAGAUGGGUCACACUGUUGCCGAGGAUGACAUAGAAGACAUACCAAGUUCAGAUGCAAAUUCACCAAUUCUGACUGAACAUCACAUCACAGUCCCAACCCUUCACGACGGACUAAUGCAAGGGGAACACCAACACGAGAGACGGCUUCUGGAUUUCCUGAAGGCAACGCCUUCAGUGCAAUGGCUGAAGGACAUCAACGUCUGCGCGCCACUGGGGAAAUUUCAGCUGCCAUCGAUCGGCGUCCACCGCUACCUCCAUGUCCACUUCAUCAGAACAGUCGACUGGAGCUCACUGCUCGCCAUCUGCAAGAACCACCUCAAGCAUCCUCUCAACAUCGCCCUGCUCAUCUGGCUGCUCUGCGUCGCCGCCGCCGGCGCCAUGCUAGGACUGCUCCUGUUGGGGCUGCUGAACAAGGCAUUCCCUUCCAGGGCCUUGAGACACCACUGGAUAGAGAUCGACAACCAGAUCCUCAACGCUCUCUUCACGCUCAUGAGCAUCUACCAGCAACCCAUCCUCGUCCACCACCUCGUUCUCCUCUGCCGGUGGCGGCCGGAGGACGCCGCCCAGCUAAGGAAGUUGUACUGCAAGAAUGGCGCCCGCCGUCCGACCGAGCGAGCGCACAUGUCCUUCGUGGUGGCCCUCCUCCACGUCACCUGCAUUUCGCAGUACAUGGAGUGCAGCCUCUACUGGGGCUACCCAAGCAGGUCACGCUCCGAGUUCGCGGAGAACUUCUUCUUCAUCCUCGGCGUCUCCGCGCCUGUCGUCGCCGGCGCCCACAUGGUGUACAGCCCUCUAGGCAGAGACGACGACGACGACGCUGCCGCCUCCUGCGAGGAAACCAAGCAGCUCCACCUCCACGCAGCAGCCGGAGCCGAAGAAUCGCCGGAGGAAAGGACGGCGGUCGGCAACCCGAUGUGGGCGGGGGAGCUGCUGGACUGCGGCGAGGACCCGGCGGCGUGCUACCUGUCGUUCCUGUGCACGUUCUGCGUGUUCGGCUGGAACAUGGAGCGGCUCGGGCUGGGCAACAUGUACGUGCACACCGCCAUGUUCCUGCUGCUGUGCGUCGCGCCCUUCUGGGUGUUCAACGUCACGGCGCUCAGCAUCCACGACUACGUCCUCAGCGACGCCUUCGGCGCCGCCGGGGUGGUGCUCUGCUUCCUCGGCCUCCUGUACGGCGGGUUCUGGAGGAUCCAGAUGAGGAAGCGGCUCGGGCUGCCCCGGAGCAGGUGGUGCUGCGGCUCGUCGUCACUGACGGACUACGCGCAGUGGCUCCUCUGCUGGCCGUGCGCGCUCGCGCAGGAGGUGCGCACGGCGAACCUGUACGGCCUGAGGGACGACGGCGGUUUCUACGGGAAGCUGGUGGACGGCGGUGACCCGGAGCGAGGGCCGGACGUGCCGGUCUCCGUUGGGGUGCGCGAGGGGAUCGAUGCUGCCGUCCAUCUCGCGGUGGACGGAGAGAUGAUCCCGCCCGUCCAGCCGGUGGUAGAGUCUGGACGGCAGAGGCAAGCCGGCGACGAAGAAAUUGUUGCAAAUGGCAGUAGCGUCCAGCUCAAAAGUUGA